CCCCGGUGCCCGGGGCGGCCCGGCCCGCAGGGCCAUGAAGCUUCAGGCCGUCAUGGAGACACUCCUGCAGAGGCAGCAGCAGCAGCGUGCGCGCCAGGAACUGGAGGCCCGGCAGCAGGAGCCCCCCCCUGAGCCCCCGGCCAUCUCCGGCCCCCCGGUCCCCCGGGCCCGCGGCCCCCCGGAUGAGGAGCGAGAGCCGGAGCAGGCCCGGAUGCAGCGGGCACAGAUGGCUGCCCUGGCUGCCAUGCGAGCUGCCGCCGCUGGUCUGGGCCACCCGCCCAGUCCCCGCGGCCCGGAGGAUGACCAUGACCGGGGACCGGCCGCUGAGGGCUCCCCAGGCUCGCCGGCCCCGCCUGCCCGCAGCAGGGAAGGGCCUCCCGAGGCUGUGGCCUCUGAUGAUGAUGACCCGAAGCCCAAAUGGGAGGAGGAGGAGCUUGAAGAAGACCUAGGAGAUGAAGAAGAGGAGGAGUAUGAGGAUGAGGAGGAGGAGGAAGAAGAGGAGGAGGAGGAAGAGGAAGGCCUGGGUCCCCCCGGUGUGGCCGGCCUGGGUUCCACGGCCCUGUUCCCCCGCAAGGCCCCGCCACCCCCUGCCCUCCGCGGUGAUGGCCUGCCCCGGGCGCUGGGCGGCCAGGAGCGGCCGGGCCCUGGCCCAGCCUCUGCUGCAGGGGCCACCCCCACGGCAUCGCAGCUGCAGCCGCCCGACCCUGGAGACUGGACUUACGAGGAGCAGUUCAAACAGCUCUACGAGCUAGAUGGAGACCCCAAGCGCAAGGAAUUCCUGGACGACCUGUUCAGCUUCAUGCAGAAACGAGGGACCCCCGUGAACCGCAUCCCCAUCAUGGCGAAACAGGUGCUCGACCUCUUCAUGCUGUAUGUGCUGGUGACCGAGAAGGGCGGCCUAGUGGAAGUCAUCAACCGGAAACUGUGGCGGGAGAUCACCAAGGGGCUCAAUCUGCCCACGUCCAUCACCAGUGCCGCCUUCACCCUGCGGACCCAGUACAUGAAGUACUUGUACCCCUAUGAGUGUGAGAAGCGAGGCCUUAGCAACCCCAGCGAGCUGCAGGCCGCCAUCGACAGCAACCGGCGUGAGGGGCGGCGUCACAGCUUUGGGGGGUCCCUCUUCACCUACUCGCCCAAGCUGCCCGUGUCCUCCCUGGGCCUGGCCACCAGCACCAACGGUAGCUCCAUGACCCCCGCGGCCCCCAAGAUCAAGAAAGAGGAGGACUCGCCCAUUCCCAUUCCCGUGCCCGGCCGCCUGCCUGUCUCCCUGGCAGGUCACCCGGUGGUGGCGGCCCAGGCGGCAGCUGUGCAGGCAGCGGCGGCCCAGGCAGCCGUGGCGGCCCAGGCGGCAGCCCUGGAGCAGCUGCGGGAGAAGCUGGAGUGCGGGGAGCCGCCUGAGAAGAAGAUGGCGCUGGUAGUGGAUGGGCAGCAGCAGCGGCUCAUGCAGCGCGCUCUGCAGCAGAACUUCCUGGCCAUGACGGCACAGCUGCCCAUGAGCAUCCGCAUCAGCAGCCAAGCCUCUGACAGUCGCCAGGACCCCGCCGCAACCCUCAGCGGCUCCAACGGCAGCAACAGCAUCAGCAUGUCAGUGGAGAUCAAUGGCAUCAUGUACACAGGGGUGCUAUUUGCUCAGCCACCAGCCCCGAUGGCACCGUCAGCUCCUGGCAAAGGCGGCGGUGGCACCAGUGGCAGCAGUGGUGGCGGUGGUGGUGGCCGCGGAGCAGCCGGUGGUGGCAGUAGCAGCAGCAGCAGCAGCAGCAGCAGCGGGGGCGUGGGUGGCCAGGUCGGGCCAGCGCCCCCAACUUCUACCUCAAGCAACUCGGUGCCUUAAUGCUCUCCCCACUGGAGAGCCGGGCUGGGGAGACAGCCAACCCAGGGAGGACCACAGCUGACGCCAAAAAAAAAAAAAAAAAAGAAAAAGAAAAAACGGAAAGACAUAUAUCCUAUAUAGAUGCAGAGUUUAAUAAAUGGGGACCUCGCAUCUCUCAGGGUCCGGGGGCGCCGCCUGGGCCACCUCCUCCGCACCCCACGCCGGAGGCAGCCCCCUGAGCCACGACGACCGAAUUUUUUCCUCUUGUUCUUUGGGAAUUUCUUUUUUUGUUUGUUUGUUUUGUUUUGAAAUAGCGACAGACUGCGGGUUCUAGGAGGGUGCGGGUUUCCUGUGUAAAUACGCUGUGUUCUGGGUGCAGCCUUAGCAAGCGGGCACCUGUGUCUUGGUGUCUGCGUGUCGUGGUCCUGCGGUGACCCGGGCCUCCCACGUGCGGUGCGCGGCAGGUACAGGGGCGGGCCAGUCGACUCAGGGAUGAAUGCCCGCUCGGGGCCAGCUCAGGGUGAGGAUGUGGCCUCGUGGGCGUGCCCCCUACCCACCCCUUCCUGCAUCCCACCCCCACCCCCCAACCUCCAUCUCAGGGCAUCUGUCAGUCCCCUUCUCCCCUGCUUCUGGAAGGUUCUCCCCACCGCAGCACAAUCAUUUUGGGAGUUGAGGCGGGGGUGGUUCUCUGGUCUCCUGCGCAGCUGCCCCGCCCCGCAUCCACUGCCCCUGUCCGUCUACCUCAGGUGUAAGCAGGACAUGAGAGGCUGCAGCCAGGUGGCACCUCCACAGGCGUGCGUGUACGGGGUGCACGCCGGCCGGACGUCCCGUGUCUCCAGCGUGUGUGUGAGUCCUUGGGCACAUGUGCUGGUGUGUGCCUUGCAUGUCUCUGGCAUGUGUCUUGCACGCCAGCACAUGUGUGUCCCUGGGUGUGCGUGUGUGUCUGCCCCCAGCACACGUGUGUCUCAUAUCCCUAGGCGUGCCUGUGUCCUGUGUUAGGGACUGGUGGUAAGCUGUGUGCUGCAUUUGGUCCAGCCUCCCCUGGCAAGCUGGGGUGUUGACCAGGACUGACCGGACUCUAUAACUCAGGGGACUGGCUUGCUGUGAACUGUGGGGCCAUGGGGGGGACGAGCAGCGGCACGGCUGGGGGUGGGCCGCAGGUCUGGACCUGCCUCCACUGGUGUGCACCCGCUCAGGGCCUCCCCCCACUGCCCAGUCCUGGCCACCUGCUGCCCCUGAGGGCCCCAGUGUCUUUGUGGGGUGUUACUCAGCACCCCUUAUGCAAGCGGGGCUGUGGAGGGGACCAGUGCCUUGGCCACGAGGACUCUGGGCAGUGACCGUAGAGCACCUCCCAUCCCCCAAAAACAAAAACUCAGGGCGAAGAGGGGGUCCUGUCGGAGACCCCCUGCCCCGGACUGCUUCUAGAAUCUUCCUUGACCUCGGGGAGGGGCCGGGGCAGGUGCAGGGUUAGUUCCUGAGACGCACGCAUCUGUAUGGCAGCCAGAUGUUUCCUCCUGUCAUUUCUGUUCAUAUUGUGACCCUCCCCGCCACCCCCCCAAUUUUGCUUUAGCUUUUAUUUUUUUUCUUCUUCCUCUCGGCACACACAAAUUCAGCCUUUCAUUGUCAAUUCCUAUAAGAUUUCAUCUCCUCCGGGGUCUUUGUCAGGUGGCGUGGCGACCACGCCUGAACUCAGGUAAAAGGAAAGAAAAAAAAAAAAAACUUAAAAAAAAAAAUGGUAACUGCUCUACCUCUGGCUGGGCCCAGCCCGUCCCGCGCCGGCAAUUCAGCCCGGCCGAACAUUCUGGUAUUAAAGGAAAAAAAAAAAACAAAACAAAACAAAAAAAAAGACAAAAAGACCAAAAAAAAAAAAAAAGGUGUGAUUUUGAAAUUUAAAAGAACACUGAAAGUUUACAUUUUAUAAUAACAUUAUUAUGCAGAUUGUAUUUAAGCUUCAGAAAUAUUUAAGACAAUUGUAACCCUGUAAAGCUGAUAUUAAAACAAGACAAACACUUCUGACUUUUAACAAAACACA